AGAACACUCACAGUCACAUUACCACCAACAAAACUACUAAAUGGACAGUUUAUGGCAGGAGUACAACACCGCCGGCGGUUUUCAGCUGCCGGAGAGUCCACGUAAGCCGAUGGAGUUCUUAUCAAGGUCAUGGAGUGAUGCGACUCUUAAGACUCUGCAUUCUCCGCCUUCGCCGUUGAUUUCUAGGUCCGGCAUAAACUCCGAUGUUACGACGGAGACUAACGCCGUCGAUGCGGCGGAGGAGGUUACGGCGGAUGUGAUUUCUGGAAAUACGUUUUCGUUCGCUUCAUCUGCUACUUCGCAGCUUGUGCUUGAACGGAUUAUGUCUCAGUCGGAUCUAUCACCGUUAGCUUCAGGGAGACUCUCACACAGUAGUGGACCACUGAAUCCAUCGCACAUGGAAGAAACCGACAGUCCACACAUCUCACCGUCCGAUGAGUACGACGACGUCGUUAAGUUUUUGCGCGCAAACAACACGCUCCAACCGUUGUUUGCCAACGGUAGGAGUGGAUACGGGGCAGGCGGGUGUAGCACCACGCCUGCAGGAAAGACAGUAGGACGGUGGUUAAAGGAGAGGAGAGAGAAGAAGAAAGAAGAGACCCGGGCGCACAACGCGCAGCUCCAUGCAGCGGUGUCAGUUGCUGGAGUGGCGGCUGCGGUAGCCACCAUUGCGGCAGCCACUGCAGCCGCUUCAGCGUCUAGUAAAGAUGAACAAAUGGCUAAGACUAAUAUGGCUGUGGCAUCGGCCGCGACAUUGGUGGCUGCGCAGUGCGUGGAGGCAGCGGAAGCGAUGGGAGCUGAGCGAGAACACCUUGUUGCUGCGGUUAGCUCUGCGGUUAAUGUCAAAUCCCAUGGAGAUAUAUUAACUCUCACCGCUGCGGCUGCAACGGCUCUACGUGGCGCAGCGACGUUGAAGGCAAGGGCAUUAAAGGAAGUAUGGAACAUUGCGGCGGUAAUACCAGUGGACCGAGGACUUAAAGAAAGUAAAAGUCAAGGAAAUAACAAUGCCUAUAGUGAACAGAUUCCAUCUGAAGAGAACUUUUUGGGGAUCUGUAACCAAGAACUCUUAGCCCGGGGGAGUGAGCUUCUUAAACGCACCCGUAAUGGCGAUCUUCACUGGAAAAUUGUGUCGGUUUACAUCCAUCGAACGGGUCAAGUGAUGCUAAAGAUGAAGAGUAAACAUGUUGGAUCUACCAUCACUAAAAAGAAGAAAAAUGUGGUGUUGGAGGUGUGCAAGAACAUGUCGGCGUGGCCAGGGAGACAUCUAUUUGACGGCGGGGAGGAGCGACAUUAUUUCGGGUUGAGGACCGUGGGACGUGGAUUAGUUGAGUUCGAGUGUAGGACUAAACGAGAAUAUGAUAUGUGGACUCAAGGUGUUUCUAGGCUUCUUGCCAUUGUAGAAGAAAAGAAGUCCACCAAGUAACCAUAAGAAGAACAAGAACAAGUGUGGGGAGGUAUAUUGUAAUAACCAAUAACCAAUGUCUAUGUGUGCUUAGUAAGCUUAUAAGCAUCUACUUCUAAUGUUAAAACUACUUGUGAUUCAAAUUAUGUGAAAAUGGGUUGAUUUGGGUUGCUUUC